AACCAACCCCCCCAUUGGACUACUUAGAUGCCACUCAGUCGUAAAGAAACAUCACUUUAGCAGUGGGCCUUAUAAUUCUCAACAGAGAGUGAGUGUUCUCAUCCUAGCUAACUGACACAGUGAAAGAGGGUGCUUACAGAGGUCCUAUUGGUUACUUUUACAGGACACAUUUAUUGGGCGUUAGUAAGGAGAUUCAACAAGAGCUGAAAACUCGUUGAAACCAUUUGGAGACAAGAGCGCUUAACAUUAGCAGUGUAGUGUCAUCACUAUCAAAGGACAUGGCCUUGUCGAGGACAGGAGUACCACAGUGUAGACUGUGAUAGCAACCUAAGUGGAGACGCCACUACUGGAUCUACAAUUUCACUGGAGAUGAGCAUUAUGGGAAGGUUCCUGUUUCAGAUCUCUCUGUAAGACUGAGCCUAUGAGUGAGCCACUAUGGCGGACUGGAACUUGUUGGGCAAGCUUCUGGAGAGUGCCCAGGAGCACUCCACUGUAGUGGGCAAGGUCUGGUUGACCGUGCUCUUCAUCUUCAGGAUCCUGGUGCUCGGAGCUGCAGCUGAGAAAGUGUGGGGUGAUGAGCAGUCUGGCUUCACCUGUGACACCAAGCAGCCUGGUUGUCAGAAUGUCUGCUAUGACAAGACUUUCCCCAUCUCUCAUAUCCGCUUCUGGGUGCUGCAGAUCAUCUUCGUGUCCACGCCCACUCUCAUCUACCUGGGCCACAUCCUGCACCUGGUGCGCAUGGAGGAGAAACAGAAGCAGAAGGAGAAAGACUUGGCUGAGCAACUGGCCAUUCACAAUGAUAAGCAGCAGCUGCUGCCUGACGCCAAACCCAAGAAGCCCCCCGUCCGGGACGACCUGGGCCGCAUCCGCCUGCAGGGGGUCCUGCUGCGCACAUACGUCUUCAACAUCAUCUUCAAAACCCUGUUCGAGGUGGGAUUUAUCAUAGCUCAGUACCUGCUCUAUGGGUUUGAGCUGAAACCUCUGUACACCUGUAACCGCUCACCCUGUCCCAAUGUGGUGAACUGCUACAUCUCCAGGCCCACAGAGAAGACAAUCUUCAUCCUCUUCAUGUUGGCAGUGGCAUGCAUAUCACUGGUGCUGAACAUAGUGGAGAUGUAUCACCUGGGGUUCACCAAGUGCCGCCGGUACAGACACGUCCAGUCCACAUGUGAGACAGGGUCCAAGGCCCCCAGCAAGGCAGUGGUGCCUUCUGUCCCAAACUAUAACUACUUCCCUAGGCACCACCCAGCCCCUGAGCCCUACCAUGCAGACCAGUACAUCAUGAAUGAGCCUGACUCUGCCUACCACCCCUACAACAGCAAAGUGGCUUACAAGCAGAACAGAGACAACCUGGUCGUAGAGAUGAACAGUAAACCAGAAGGGGGUGACACCACAGAAAUGAAAGGCUCCAGUUCUGCUCCAGAGUCGCCUUCAGAGAAACAACGGCGACCCAGUCGAUCCAGCAAGCACAGCAAUAGUAAGACCAGACUAGAUGAUCUGAAGAUCUGAGGGACAGUUAUGGCGCAUUUCCACCACCGGGUUUUAUACAGGUGCUUGGCCUAAAGAUUCAAACUUUUGUGUUUCCACCUUUGAGGGGGGG